AGAGACUUCACAUCACCUUCAUUGGGUCUCUCGCCCGGUCAAAUUGACAAGGGUUGUGGCAAGUUUUGCGGGCAGUUUUCCCUGCAUAAAAUUCUCAGAGCUGGUCUCGUACAAGAACUCCUUUUCGGCACCCCGACGUCGAUUGUAAAGUCUUCUUCCCAUUCGUUUCUUCACUUCUCCUUCUCAAAAGAUGCAUUCCCUUCUUCUCUGCUCGUCCCUGGUUGGACUUGCCUCGGCCGCAGAGCUCGAAAAGCGCCAUGGAGGCAUCUCGGUAUACGAGAUGCUCAACGACGACCUCGCCCGCCUCAGUCUGAUGGUCCUGGGCCUGAUGGCUGCCUUCAUCUAUGUAUGGAAGAUGUGGCACCGCCUUGCGAGCCAUAUGAGACGACUGGCGAGCUUCACCAAUGAGCGCCAACGAUACUUUGUUUCCCCCCACGGCAUGCUCGCAAAGAUCAACAACCAUAUCAUCUAUGCGCCAUUGUUCCGCACCCGACACAAUCGCGAAUUCCAGCUGUCGCGGGCCGUCAACAUGGGUACGCUGCCGAGCCGAUUCCACUCGUUCCUUCUGGUGGGCAUCGUCGUGAUGAACGUCGUCCUGUGCGUUGUCACGGUGCCCUAUGGGUCCGCAGAGACCACGGUUGCGGGCCUGAUCCGCAACCGCACCGGAACCAUGGCGACUGUGAACCUUAUUCCCGUGGUGCUCAUGGCCGGCAGGAACAAUCCCCUCAUCACCCUGCUUCAGGUGCCUUUCGAUACCUUCAAUUUGAUCCACCGUUGGCUCGCUCGGAUCGUCGUCCUACAGUCCCUUGCCCAUGUAUUUGCCUGGGCUAUACCCAAGGCUCAGUCAGCCGGUUGGGAUGUCAUAGGAAUGGUGUUUGGUGAGAGCAGCUUCAUGCUGAACGGACUGAUUGCUGCAUGUGCCUUCACUGCCCUUCUUGUGCAUUCGCCCUCCCCUAUCCGCCAUGCUUUCUACGAGACUUUCCUCCACCUCCACAUGGUGCUGGUUGCGGUUUCGUUCGGUUUCCUGUGGCUGCACUUGGAUGGCAUGGUGUCUCAGAACUACCUUCUCGUCGCUGUUAUCUUCUGGGCUCUCGAGCGCGCGGCUCGGCUUUUUAUCAUCGUAUACCGCAACUGUGGGCGGGAGUCCACGACGGCGCAUAUCGAGGCCCUUCCGGGCGACGCCAUGCGGAUUACCCUGAAAAUGGCGCGUCCCUGGGCCUUCCACCCCGGACAGCACAUCUAUCUGUACAUCCCCGCUGUUGGAUGGUGGAUGAGCCACCCGUUCUCCGUCGGGUGGAGCGAAGCCGAGGAAUUCCCCGCGGGCGAAAAAGGCAUCCCCAUGACCCAGCAAGACUUGGUGGGCUUGCAGAAGACGACCAUUUCUUUGCUGGUGCGUCGGCGAACUGGAUUCACCGACAAGCUGUUCCAGCGUGCUCAGAAGGCCAUCGGGGGGCGGGUGUCCUUGCGGGCGUUUGCUGAAGGCCCGUACGGUAGCAUCCAUACCAUGGACUCCUAUGGCACGGUGAUGCUCUUUGCCGGUGGUGUCGGCAUCACGCAUCAAGUCCCCUUUGUCCGCCAUCUUGUCAAAGGGUUCGCUGAAGGCACCGUGGCUGCCCGUCGCGUCACCUUGGUCUGGAUCAUCCAGUCCCCCGAGCACCUCGAGUGGAUUCGGCCCUGGAUGACCAGCAUCCUGGCCAUGGACCGUCGCCGCGAAGUGCUCCGGAUUAUGCUGUUUAUCACCCGGCCGCGCAAUACCAAGGAGAUCCAAAGCCCCAGCGCAACGGUUCAGAUGUUCCCCGGUCGGCCCAACGUGGACACUUUGAUCGGUCUGGAGGUCGAGAACCAGAUCGGGGCCAUGGGGGUGCUGGUGUGCGGAAACGGAAGCCUGAGCGACGAUGUUCGCCGGGUCUGCCGCAAGCGACAGAAUCAGACACAGGUAGAUUUCAUUGAAGAGAGUUUUACGUGGUAAGCCGGGCUGGGGUUCCUUUUGAAUGGAGGCGGUCACUUUGGCCCCAUUUCGCCCCGUAUCACUCGGCUCGGAAGCCAAGUCUUAUUCGUUCUUUUUGAUUAUCUC